GCUAUGGAGCACAUCCGCACCACUAAGGUAGAGCAAGUGAAGUUACUAGAUAGAUUCAGCACAAGCAAUAAGUCACUGACGGGAACUCUAUACCUUACAGCAACUCAUCUGUUAUUCAUAGAUUCAAGCCAGAGAGAGACGUGGAUACUACAUCAUCACAUAGCUGCAGUGGAAAAACUUCCCUUGACUACUUCUGGCUGCCCCCUUGUCAUCCAGUGCAAGAACUUCAGGAUAGUUCACUUUGUCGUUCCCAGAGAGAGAGAUUGUCAUGACAUCUAUAACUCUUUGCUUCAGCUGUCAAGAACAGCAAAAUAUGAAGAACUGUACGCCUUCUCCUAUAAUCCAAAACAAAACGAAUCUGAGCAAGUCAAAGGUUGGCAGCUUAUUGAUCUAGCGGAAGAAUAUCAGAGAAUGGGAGUGCCAAAUGCUAACUGGCAGUUGUCUGAUGCAAAUCGUGAUUAUAAGAUUUGUGAAACCUAUCCUAGAGAACUUUAUGUUCCCAGAACGGCAAGCAAGCCCAUAAUUGUUGGUAGCUCCAAGUUCAGAAGCAAAGGAAGAUUCCCAGUGUUGUCGUAUUAUCAUAAAGAUAAAGAGGCUGCAAUUUGCAGAUGCAGUCAACCUCUCUCAGGUUUCAGUGCCAGGUGCCUGGAAGAUGAACACAUGUUGCAAGCAAUCAGUAAAGCAAAUCCUUCAAAUCGCUAUAUGUAUGUCAUGGACACCAGGCCGAAGCUUAAUGCAAUGGCAAACAGAGCUGCUGGGAAGGGCUAUGAAAAUGAAGACAACUACUCUAACAUUAGGUUCCAGUUUGUUGGCAUUGAAAAUAUUCAUGUAAUGAGAUCCAGCUUACAAAAACUUCUGGAAGUCAGUGGCACAAAGGGUUUGUCUGUCAAUGACUUUUUGUCUGGUUUGGAGAAUUCUGGAUGGCUGCGUCACAUCAAAGCUGUGUUGGAUGCCGCUGUCUUCCUAGUCAAGGCAAUAGCGGUUGAGAGCGCGAGUGUAUUAGUGCACUGCUCAGAUGGCUGGGAUAGGACUUCCCAAGUUUGUUCUCUUGGAGCUCUUUUACUAGAUUCCUAUUACAGAACAAUCAAAGGAUUCAUGGUCUUGAUAGAGAAAGACUGGAUCUCUUUUGGGCACAAGUUUUCUGACAGGUGUUGUCAGUUGGAUGGUGAUCCAAAAGAGAUCUCACCAGUGUUCACCCAGUUUUUAGAAAGUGUGUGGAAUCUGACUGAGCAGUUUCCACAAGCCUUUGAGUACAAUGAAGCUUUCCUCCUUCAGAUCCAUGAACAUGUCCAUUCAUGCCAGUUUGGUAACUUCCUUGGAAACUGCCAAAAAGAGCGAGAAGAACUAAAAUUAAAAGAGAAGACAUAUUCCUUGUGGCCGUUCCUUCUGAAUGAGCAAAAGAAAUAUCAGAAUCCUCUGUAUAAUCCAGACUUUUCUCCAGAACUAACUCUUUUGGAGCCUAAUACAGUAUCAUUCAAUUUUAAGUUUUGGAGAAAUAUGUACCAUCAGUUUGAUCGCAGUAUGCAUCCCAGGCAAUCUGUGUUCAAUCUUAUAAUGAACAUGAGUGAACAAAAUAAACAACUGGAAGAAGACAUUAAAGAACUGGAAGCUAAAAUAAAGCGGAGAAAUGGGCAGUCAGAUGCAGUCCUUGUGAAGGAACAUCAGCAGUCUGCUCACCCUGCACCCAUGGCACCGAAGACCCCUCCGUGCUUCAAGAAGGAGCAGCCACUGAUCCCUGUGAAGGAGGCUGUAAGAACUGUAGAGGGCAGCAACACAGCAGACAAUCGCUACAGUGAAUUUGUGGCAGAGUUCUCGAAAGCCGAGCCUGCUGUUGUCAGCUUGGAGUACGGAGUAGCCAGGAUGACCUGCUAAUUAAAAUCCGGCACUGUGCUCCUCUUCUAGACUGAUUGAAUUAAGAGAUGGAUUAUUUUGAGGAUGGGUCCGUGCUGCAUGACCAAAACACGAUUUGUAUAUCGGCAAGUUUUGUUAACGUAGACUAGAACAGCAUGCUAGUUGUCAAGUGUUUGCUGUUCUUUUAAGAAAAAAAAGUGUAGUUGUGUUUUAAAAGAAAUAGGGGCAUUUGGUAAGUAGUGACUAAAAAUCAAGGAUUGGUGUGUCUUUGGACUUAGGACAGUUUGCACUAAAUUGAUUAAAACAGUAAUAUUACUUUAUUCAGUACAGGAAAACACAGGUGAUCUUUCACAGAUUGAUUUUAUUGGGCAAGAAAACUUGAACUUUCUAUUUUAGGAACUGAAGCUACAUGUAUAUAUUGCAUAGGAUAUGAAUAUGUAUACUCUUGUUUAAUGUCACCCAGUACUAACUUUCAGUGUGUUAAGUGCCAUGGAAAAGUACGAUAUAUUUCAAAUCAUAAAUAGUUGGCCUUAAACCUGUCAGAUCAAUGAUAUUGUUGUCUUUUACUAUUGCAGUCUACCUGGCUCUGUUUACAUUGCAUUUGCUCAAAUUGUUAUUUCCUUAAAACAGGACUGAAUUUAAGGAAUGAAGCAUGCCUAAGCUGGCACAGCCUUUCAGCAAAUAGCUAUAUGAAUGUUAACUUAUCACUGAAGACUGUUCUUUCUUCCAGUUCCUCUGUUGUUUAAAAUGUAAUAAUUGGCCAGACUUUGUUCUCUGGCAGCUCGGUAGACUGAGUAUCACUGAAGCUACACGUUGCGUCUGACCUUAAGUGUUUUGAAUUGUGGCAAGGUAUUUAAAUGUAGAAUAAAAAGAGGAAAACAUGUAAGAAAACAAAACUUAGCCAAUAACUGAAUUGUCAAGUUCAUUCAGAUUGUUUAUUAUGUGCUGUGCAGUUGUUGAAGUUACAAGAAUGGAAGCAGAAGUUUUGGAAGUGUAGUCUAUUGACACGGUUCCCAAGUACAAAAAAGUCAUUCAUUUAUGUCUGAAGCUCAUGAGGAACUGAGUGCCUCCUAAAUCUUUCAUUAGAAGAAAAUUUUACUUUUUAGUGAAACCCCCUUCUCAUCUUGGGGGGGAGGAGGGCGGGAAAACACAACAAAAAAGACCAACCCAAAAAAACUUGUCUCAACCUGUGCAUAUUUUAAAAAUUUCCAGAUUGUACUGAAAUUACUUAUGUAAUUGGAGAGAGGACAAAAACAUCUUCUAGCAGGAUGCAGUAGAGAUCAUGGGACAAGAAAAAAAGGGGUAAACUUCCAGUUUAUAAGCUUAAUUAUGUAUUUGUAACCUUCUAGUAAGGGAGAAGGUUUUUGCUGAAGUUUGUCUCAUGAUGGAUUUUCUGAGCAGAUAACAGAAUCGGGAAGGAAAAAUGCUGGUGCCCAGUUCUUAAAUAGAGGUAUAAAUUUGUGUAUUAAGAUCUGUAGGUAUGAAGUUAGAUUAAUGCUACUGACCUUUUAUCUCUGGAUUUAAAUAAUUCUUGGUUACAAGUGAAAAGAAUUUAUUCUCAUCCCAAUCCCUAAAGUCUGUUUUGGUAAAAUUACUCAUGUGCCACACAUGAUUUGAGAUAAUUGGCAGCAUUUCCCUCUGCACCAUAUUGGAACCAGGACUCUCUUUAAGAAGGCCAGUAUAGGUCAUGAUCAGUUGCACUUGUGAAGCUGUCUGGGAGAAAUUAACUGUGACUCCUGUAUUUGAGUGUUAGUUUACCUGUUCCACUAAUUUGUUUUUUUAAAAGCCUAUAAGUGUAAAUAAAGGUUUGUAAGUAUUUUUACUCCCGAAGAUAUGGGCAUAGUGUCAUCUUUAAAUUGCAUUAUCCAGUCAU